AUGAAACCGUUUCAGUUUGCGCUCGGCUGCCGUACAGUGGGUACAUAUUAAUGGAAUUUAUGCGACCCAUUUAAAAAGUGCCUUAUUGUUUAGAGUACUGUUGUUUAUUUUGCUACUUUUUAAUUCGGCUUCGUUAUUGCUGUGUGGUGAUAAAGUGAUUUGUAACAAGAAUUUGGUCAGCCCUCACGAUGUUGGGCGGCAGCGUGCUAUGGUUUCGCCACGGGCUGCGGUUACACGACAAUCCAUCGUUACAUGACGCUAUCGAGGACAGGAAAGCGCCAUUUUUUCCAGUCUUCAUCUUUGAUGGCGAAUCUGCUGGUACUAAGCUAGUUGGCUACAAUCGUAUGAGGUACUUGUUAGAAGCAUUGGAUGAUCUGGACAAUCAAUUUAAAAGACACGGCGGAAGAUUGUUCAUGAUCAAGGGAAAACCCACAAAUGUAAUAAGGAGGCUGUGGGAGGAGUUUGGUAUUCGCAAGUUAUGCUUCGAGCAGGAUUGUGAGCCAGUUUGGCGGGCUCGCGACGACAGUGUGAAGGCUGCAUGCCGCGAGAUCGGGGUCUCUUGCCGCGAACACGUCUCCCACACGUUAUGGGAGCCGGACACUGUCAUACGAGCCAAUGGCGGCAUCCCACCGCUGACCUACCAAAUGUUCCUGCACACAGUUGCUACAAUUGGAGACCCCCCGCGCCCGGUACCUAAUGCUGACUUAUGUGGAGUCCAGUUUGGUAUUCUACCGGAGUGCUUUCAUGAGGAAUUCACUGUCUUUGAUAAGACUCCGAAACCUGAAGAUUUAGGGGUGUUUUUGGAGAAUGAGGAUAUACGUAUGAUACGCUGGGUAGGCGGCGAGACUACUGCGCUUAAGCAGAUGGAGCAGCGACUGGCAGUUGAAUAUGCGACUUUUUGCAGGGGCUCCUACUUGCCAACACACGGGAAUCCUGACCUUCUCGGGCCCCCCAUAUCUUUGAGUCCAGCGCUGCGAUUUGGAUGUUUAUCUGUCAGGAGGUUUUAUUGGAGUGUUCAAGAUCUAUUCCAUAAGGUCCACCAAGGACGUCUGGCAGCUACUCAUUUUAUUACAGGUCAAUUAAUAUGGCGGGAAUAUUUCUACACGAUGAGUGUGAACAACCCUAACUACGGACAGAUGGCUGGCAAUCCUAUUUGUUUGGAUAUCCCGUGGAAGAAUCCGGAAGGUGACGAGUUGCAGAGAUGGACCGAGGGUCGCACUGGUUUCCCAUUCGUGGACGCGGCGAUGCGUCAGCUCCGCACCGAGGGCUGGCUCCAUCACGCGGUACGGAACACCGUCGCCUCCUUCCUCACUAGGGGAACCCUGUGGCUCUCGUGGGAACACGGCCUCAACCACUUCCUCAAGUACUUGCUUGAUGCUGAUUGGUCUGUGUGCGCGGGCAACUGGAUGUGGGUGUCGUCGAGUGCGUUCGAAGCGCUGCUCGAUUCCGGCGAGUGCGCGUGCCCCGUGCGGCUGGGGCAGCGGCUCGACCCCAGCGGCGAGUACGUGCGCCGCUACGUGCCCGAGCUCAGCCGUAUGCCCGUACAGUACAUAUACGAGCCGUGGAAAGCGCCAAUAGACGUGCAAGAACGAGCAGAUUGUGUUAUUGGCAAGAAUUACCCAGCGCCUGUAGUGAACCACAUAGUGGCCGCGCAGAAGAACAGAAAUGCUAUGAACAAAUUAAAACGUUCAAUCCACGGACGGCUACAGAGGGACAAGUGGCUCAUGAUUGUUGGGGAGCUUCGUAACAUUCUUCAGAAGGCACCACCGCAUUGCUGCCCCUCGUCCGAAGAAGAGAUCCGCCAGUUCAUGUGGCUGAGUGAAGAUAACCAACAGAGUAACACGGCAUGAGCCGAAUAAUGUGUCUUACAGUUAAUGAAUUAGAGUCCAAAUUAAUUAAGUAGAUAUAAUAAUGAUACGAUCUGACUGUGUUUUUAUAUUUGUAGGUACAGUUUAUGGGUAGACUAUGUUCUUAUUACUAUUUUAAAUAAAUUGGAACGUGAGCAAGAUAACAUGUUGUUCCAUUUUUAACUUUGUAUCUAACGCAGAGAUUUUAGAAUCUUUUUAAUUUUAACUUCCUUCAGAUAAAUGGCAAAUAAAGUUUUAACCUACGUGUAAUUAGAUAGACAAAGCUCACUAGUUUCGGGAUCAAUUCGUGACCCUUAAUCAUGAGCAGCUAUGACGCAAGCGCGAGCCUAACUGCGCUGUUCAGUAGGUCAGUUUUUAAAGUUACUGAUGUUGGUUUCUUUUUUGUGGUAUAAAAUAUAAUAAAAUCUUCAAUUAUACAUAUUGUGAUUAUUUUUAUAUUUAUGCGAGUGUGUAUGAAAACGUAUUUGUUUACUACUUGUCUAACAGGGUAAGUACUUUUUUUCAAAAACGAGUAACCAGUGAAUGUGGAAGUAGGUCCUGCGACGAUGUGUGAUAAAUAAGUUUUUAUUAAUAUUAUAUUUAAUAAUGAUAUCAUGAUAAACAAAAAAAAAAAACAGUUUAUGUUCAAUUUCAACAUAAAAUCGUUAUAAAAAAAGCAAGUGAGAAAUUUAGCUAACCUUACGAGAAAUAAGAAUCCGCUGCCUUUUUUACGCGGGAAAAGCGAAAAUAUUUGGUUUUUGAUGAUUUGGAAAUUAGUAUAAUACCCAGGUGCUGUAAAGACCAAAUUUUGUGCCAAAUACUAGCAUUUUUUGGAUGCAUACGUAUUCACAUAGAAAUAUAUGUGAUAAAUUUACAACAGUAUACGUGUAGGUUUGUUAGUACCAUCUCUUUGUCAUUAUAUUAUAGCAUACGAAUAGUUAACCCUUAUUUUUAUGGUUAUCAUAAUAUACAAAAUCUAUGGUGUAUUUGUAUUAGGAUAUUUUUUUUUGUAUAGAUUAUUGGCAGAUGGGAGUGCCCUACUCCAAUUUGUCUAUGCCCAUGAUAUUAUUAUCGAAUCUCAACGUGUCAAACUUAAGAAUGAACUAGUUAAUAAUUGUGACUUCGCUUACAUAGCAUUUAUUUGACUAUGGUUAUGUUUUUUUUUAAUGAAAUAAUUGUACUGUUGUG